AUGAGGUCCAGAUCGGAAGGGAAGGUGACUGAAGAUCCCAAGUCGCAAAAAGUGGAAGAAGGGAAUUUGAAGAAUAUGACUAUGGCGAAUUUGGGGAGGAGUGGGGGAGUUUAUAUUCCGCCAUUCAAAUUGGCACGGAUGAUGAAGGAAAUCCAAGACAAGAGCAGUGUGGAGUACCAGCGCAUGACUUGGGAUGCUCUGAGGAAGAGUAUAAAUGGGCUUGUCAAUAAGGUGAAUGCUAUGAAUGUCAAGAACAUCAUUCCGGAGCUGUUUGCUGAGAAUCUGAUUCGUGGAAGGGGUCUCUUUUGUCGGUCUUGUAUGAAGUCCCAGAUGGCUUCUCCUGGUUUCACCGAUGUAUUUGCAGCUUUGGUUGCUGUUGUGAAUACCAAAUUCCCUGAAGUAGGAGAUCUUCUGCUUAGGAGGAUUAUUUUGCAGCUACAAAGAGCCUAUAAACGGAAUGACAAGCCACAAUUGCUGGCAGUUGUAAAAUUCAUUGCCCAUCUUGUAAAUCAGCAGGUGGUUCAUGAGCUUAUUGCUCUAGAGCUACUAACGAUUCUCUUAGAGAAUCCCACUGAUGAUAGUGUGGAAGUUGCAGUUGGUUUCGUUACUGAAUGUGGAUCAAUGCUUCAAGAUCUCUGUCCCCGAGGCUUACAUGAUUUAGAGGGACAGGUUCAGAUUCUUGUACCUUUAUUCAGUGCCUUACUGAGUCAAAUUGUGGAGUUAAUGUUGGGGUGGUCGGUUUGGAAAAGGGGUGGGGAAUGUUAUUGUAUAUUUGAGCGUUUUCGCGGAAUUCUUCACGAAGGAGAAAUUGAUAAACGAGUUCAGUUUUUGAUAGAAGGCCUUUUUGCAAUUAGAAAAGCCAAGUUUCAGGGAUACCCAGCUGUUCGACCAGAACUGGACCUUGUAGAGCAAGAAGAUCAAUUAACACAUGAAGUUUCUCUUUCAGAUCAAAUAGAUUCAGAGAUCGCAUUAGAUAUUUUCAAGCUGGAUCCUCAGUUUUUGGAGAAUGAGAAGCGUUAUGAAGAAUUGAAGAAGACACUAUUGGGUGAGGAAUCUGAGGAUGAAGCAGAUUCUGAUGCAGCAUCCGAUGAUGAUGAUGAUGAGGAUGAAGAAACGGAUGAAGAUGAUGAAGAGACGAUGAAAAUAAAGGACGAAACAGAGACAAAUCUUGUGAAUCUCCGAAGGACUAUUUAUUUGACCAUUAUGUCGAGUGUUGAUUUUGAGGAAGCUGGUCACAAAUUAUUGAAGAUCAAACUAGAGCCUGGUCAGGAGGAUCUCUUCCAAGGGGUGGGCUUGGUUGGGAAAGGUCUAGAAAGUGCAGCACCCUUUGGAAAUUGUGGUCUUUUGUUUUUUAUGACCAAGGAAAAUGUGAAACGUCUAAAUGCACUAUCAGGGCAUCUGACUGAUGAGAUGCCACUCCUUGUGCAAUCCAAAUUCAUAGCUGUUAUGGAAUUAUGCAUUAUGUUGUUGGAAUGCUGCAGUCAGGAGAGAACUUACCUCCGGUAUUAUGGCCUAUUGGGGCAGCGAUUUUGCAUGAUCAACAAGGUCCAUCAAGAAAAUUUCGAGAAAUGUUUUGUCCAGCAAUAUUCGAUGAUUCAUCGGCUUGAGACAAAUAAGUUGCGUAAUGUUGCCAAAUUUUUUGCUCACUUGCUUGGCACUGAUGCUCUUCCCUGGCAUGUUUUAUCAUAUAUACGUCUUACUGAGGAGGACACUACUUCUUCUUCCCGAAUUUUCAUUAAGAUUCUCUUCCAGGAAUUGUCAGAGCACCUAGGGAUUCGCCUGCUUAAUGAGCGUCUAAAUGAUCCUGCAAUGCAAGAUUCAUUUGAAUCAAUUUUUCCGAAGGAUAAUCCCAAAAACACUCGGUUUGCCAUUAACUUUUUCACUUCUAUUGGGCUUGGUGGCAUUACAGAAAACUUGAGAGAGUAUCUAAAAAAUAUGCCACGCCUUAUCAUGCAACAACAAAAGCCUGUUUCUGAGUCAGAUGACGAAUCUGGUAGUUCUGGUUCUUCUGAUUCAGAUGCAUCUAGUUCAGAGUCGGAAUCCGGGUCAUCAAGCUCUGAAGAAAAAGUAAGUGAUGAUAGACGGAAGAAACGAAAGAGGAAGUGA